AUGUCAAGAUUUUGGACCAACUCUCCUUUGAGCGAGGACGAGACGGAUAAAGAAACAGAGCAAGAACAUCGACCUCGGAGAUCCAGGGAAAGUCGACAUCGCCGAGACGUCCCUACCGACAAAGAACGCGAAGCCGAAGAUCGAGCCUACGACGAAUGGGUAGAGGAGAACAUAUCAGCAUCCGGAAAACGCCGUCGUGCCGCAUCACCAGUUCCUCCACCAGUCUCUGGCAAUUCUGACUUCUUCCAAUGUGCAGAUCGAUCGAAGAGCGCCAAGCAAAAAAAGCAGGAACAGAAAGCCGAAGCCAAGCAACAACGUCACAAGGCUCGCCAACAAGCCGAAGACGCCGCCCGAAAAGAAAAGAAACGUCUCGACGACAUGAACAAGUGGGAAUACGUCAAGUUGUGGGGUAACGAAGAUCGUGAAGCUUACGGAGAAGCAUUCGAUGAUUUUGCCUCAUCAGCAGAGGAUUUCAUCAAAGGCAACACGAAGGAAUUUCCUCGACUCAGGAAACACGGUUGUCAUCGAAAAAACUGUGUCAAGGGGGAAAUUCUCGGGGUUUGUCAUCAUGAGGUUGAGGCGACGCUCAGAGGAAGCGGUUGCUUUGAUGAGAGGAUGAUAAAGAAGGAACGAUUGAGCUGGCAUCCGGAUCGUUGGACUGGAAAGGGUUAA